AUGCUGUUGGUGCCCCGAAGGGCCGGCAUAUCGCGGGCAUCGACCUGCGGUGGUGUAUGGGUAGCAGCAGCAGCAGCAGCAGCAGCAACAGUAGCAGCAGCAGCAGCAGCAACAGCAACUGCAGCAGUUAACGUUCCCUUCUCUCCUACAGACACAUCUAUAUCUUCUUUCCUUAACUUCCCUCCCCCUGCUACCCGCCGUUUUCCUCUUUCCUCUCGUUUCUUAGCGCAGCACAGAGCCGCCCUGUCUUCCCGUUCCCUGCUGCAGCUGCAGCAGCAGCAGCAGCAACUGCAGCAGCAACAACAGCAGCAGCAGCAGCAGAAUCCUCCUGUACCCUCACCACUGUAUUCAACAGUUGACCAGUCGGGUGUGCAGGGUCAAGGGGCCCCCUUCCUUUCUUCUUCAUUGCCUGAGGCCCCAGAAGGAGUACCCUUCAGUGGCAUAGGGGCCCCAUCAAGGGCCCCCGAAGAUACAGGUACUGAGGGGGCCCCCCUGCGCCUGCAACAAGAACAACAGCAGCUGCUGCAGGAGCAGCAGCAGCAGCUAGCAGCAGCAGCAAUGGCGUGGCGUAGCCAUGGGAGAACAAACAGCGAAUUAAUAGAAAACUUACGGAGGUCAGGACUUAUAAAAGACCAAAGAGUCUAUAAUACUAUGCUGCAGGUAAAUAUACAGCCAGCAGCAGCAGCAGAAGCAGCAGCAACAGCAGCAGCAGCAGCAGGAGUAGGAGUAGACCGUGGUAAAUUUAUAUCUGUUGAUCCAUACAUUGAUCGUCCUCAAUCGAUCGGAUUUAAUGCCACAAUUUCUGCACCACAUAUUCAUGCCAUUUCUUUAGAGGAAUUAAAGGAUAAAUUAACUUAUGGCAAGAGGGCACUGGAUGUAGGUAGCGGUACAGGGUAUUUAACAGUUUGUAUGGCAAUGAUGGUUGGGGCAGGAGAAGAGAAUGGAGGAAUUGCCAUCGGCAUUGAUUAUAUUCAGGGUCUUGUUGAUCUAUCUAAGAAGAACGUAACAGCAGGGUUCCCUCACUUAAUGCAGAGCCGUAACUUUGCAUUAUUAAAGGGGGACGGUUGGGCAGGGGGCCCCUCUUGGGGGGCCCCAUAUGAUGCAAUUCAUGUAGGUGCAGCAGCAGCAGCAGUACCUGCUGCUUUGCUGCAGCAAUUAGCUAUUGGAGGGAAGAUGGUUAUACCAGUAGAAUGCCAUGAGGGUUUAAUAACCCUCGAGGGUUUAGGGGAUAGACAGAUAGAUGGAGACUGUGAUGGGGGACAGGCAUUAGUAGUUAUAUCUAAGAAUAAGGAGGGGGCUGUCUCCGUUAAAUAUAUUACUAGUGUUGUUUAUGUACCUCUUGUUAGACAAACCCUGGAAGGCCUCAUGGCCUGCCUGGCUUCUGUCACAUGUUGGAUGAAGAAGAAGGUGGAUCCACGUAUACGUGAAUGUGAGCAGCAGCAGCAGCAACAGCAGCAGCAGCAGCAGCUUAAACAUAUUAUAGAUAAACUGCAACACGCCCCUCCUCUUGAUGCUCUUGUUAAGUUGUGUGUUACCCCUCAGCAGGCUACUGCUGUUAUUGCUUUCCUUGAUUGUCUAUGUAGCUGCAGCAGUUUCCGCAGCAAGCAGCAGCAGCAGCAGCAGCAGCAGGAGUCUUCUCAGCAGCAGCAACCAUCAACAGCAACAGCAGCACCAGGAACAUAUCAAACUAUUGCUCUUACUGCAGCAAGAGGGAGAGGGAAAUCUGCUGCAUUAGGUCUUGCUGUUGCUGCUGCUGUCUCUCUUGGUGUCUCCUCUACCUUUGUUUGUGCACCCUCUGCAGAGAAUGUACAAACCCUAUUCGAAUUCGUACAAAAGGGUUUGCUUGCCAUGGGUAUGAGGGAGCAAAUAGACUUCCAGGUAUCUAUAGAGACAGUAGGAUCAACAAGAAGAGGAAAAAAGGGUUUAGAUACAUCGGGUGUUUAUUCCUCGGGUUUAUAUGAUAAACAAGACGUAAAAGCAAUAACAAAGAUUGAGGUGUAUAGACACCAUAAACAACGUGUACAAUUUAUUUUUCCUCAUGAAAGACAAACCCUUGUUAAUUGUGAUUUACUUGUUAUUGAUGAGGCAGCAAGUAUACCAUUACCCGUUGUUAAAGGACUCCUUGGGCCUUAUACUGUAUUAUUAUCAUCAACAGUAAAUGGGUAUGAAGGGACAGGACGUUCUUUAUCAUUAAAAUUAUUGGGGGAUUUAAGGAAAGGGAAUAAAUUAUUAUUAGGAGAAAAAGGAGAAAAAGGAGACAAUAAAAGUAUAUUAAGGAGACAAUUAAAAGAAAUAACAUUAGAUACUCCUAUUCGUUAUGCAGAAGGAGACCCUGUUGAGUCUUGGCUUAAUCAACUUCUUUGUCUAGAUUGUACAGAGGCUCCUCCUUUAGAUCCACAG